GUCGUUUUUCUUCCCUCAAUCCCUCGUCUCCACAUGCCAGCGUCCCCUUCGACCGCAGCGUCCGCGACUACGGCCGUGAUCAAUGCCAACAUUGAAUGCAUGAACCUCCUACAAGGGUACGAUGUCGUGAUUGUGUGCUGUUCGACGCCGAUGCAAGCCCAGUACUGGCAAAAGCGCCUUAUGGCGACCCGCGGCGAGAUCUCCCCCGAAAACAUGAAGGUCAUUGCAGUGCACGAAGACUGGGUUGGCGGCGCAGGCAACGGACUUGGUACGCUCUAUGCGUACCAAAAAGCUGUUGCCGAAGGCAAAGCAGUGUACGGCCCGUCCUUCGACCUGACUGCUCAACUUAAAGCUGGCUCGGUGUCCGUUGCGUUGUACCACACCGCCGGCAAAGGCACACGGCUAGCACCAUUGCCGGGUAGUGAAAACAACAACAAACCCGGUGUGAAGCUGCCUGCCAUGAUCACCAUUGACGACGAAGUCGUCCCAAUGACGAUCUUGGAAGCUGUGAUCAAGCAAACUGGUGUGUAUGCUGCCAGCCGCCGCGGCCGCUUGUCUGUCUACUGGGGCGACCAAGUUUUUAUUCCUUCCGCCCCCGUGCAUUACACCCCCACUCAUCACAUUGAUAUUUUGGCGACGUUGGCGCCAAUGCCUACCGAAGCUGAGUGGAAAGCGAAGGGUCUGGACAAGUAUGGCCUCAUUGCUGUCAACGAAGACGAUCAGGCCGCUCAAGUCGACAAGGUUAGCCACGCGACGGCCCUUCGACUGCUCAGCGACUUUGGCCACCUCAAGUCGGUCGGCACGUCGUUGGGUUCGUUCUCGGUCGAUCACGACAUCCUCAUUGCGCUGCUGGACGAAUUUGACUCGGAAUUGGAACAGAAGACGGGCAAAUUGGACACCGAUCCACAUUUCUGGAUGCCGUUCACGCUGCCCAAGCAGUCGUACGUGGAGCUGAUGGUGCAAAAGGGUGUGCAACAAGCCUUUGCGUCUGCCCAUUACGAACGCAUGCAGCUGCUUCUUCAUCGAUUUUACACCACCCGUCGGGAAAAGCUCGGCUUGUUUGGGUGUGUCGACGUCGGGUCCGCGGCGUACUGGUGGGACUACGGCCAGCUCAAGUACUACUUGAAGAACAACGUGUUGGUGACCGAAGACUCGACCGAAGCCGCCGCCCUGCGAUCGUUCCUGGGCAUUUCGAACCCGUUGAUGUGGAGCGAAAUCGGCCCCGGCAUGGUGUUUGACCAAGUUGCGGUCCUCGGCAGCAAGAUCACCAAAGGCACGAUUCGGCGCAGCGUGCUGUCGGGUGUGUCGGCGGCCUCGGUCACGAUCGAAGACUCGAUCUUGAUCAACGUGACGGCCCACAGCAUCACUGCCAAGCAAUGCGUGCUGUACAAUGUGACGUCUGAAGACGUGAACGGGCUCCAACUCGACCCGGGCUCUGUCGUUGUCGGUGUUCACCUUCCCAACGGCGACAAGUUGGUAGUCGAGUCGCAUUUGACGAUCUGUGGCGGCGACGUGUGGAAGGUUAUCCUUGAACAGAACGAGCACUCGUUUGAGCAAAUUUACUGCCUCAACGAAGAGGCUGACGUUGCCGAGAUUGAAAAGCUCGUGCGAGAAGAGCACAUGCGCGUCCGGGAACUCAUUCACCCGUCGGCACCGUCGAAUAAUUAGUCAAUACACUUUAGGUUCUUUCA